CCCUUUAACCUUUAGGGUGCGCGGGUGCCGCGUACCUGGCACGCUCUCCCUUUCCCCCUACCCCUCCCCUAGCCCCUUCGCUCAGGCCUGUCAGGACCGGAAGUGAAGAUGGCGGCGGCGGCGGUGGCUGCUGGCGCGGCUUCUGCAGAGCUGGUGAUCGGCUGGUGCAUAUUUGGCCUCUUACUACUGGCUAUUUUGGCAUUCUGCUGGAUAUAUGUUCGCAAAUACCAAAGUCAGCGGGAAAGUGAAGUGAUCUCUACCAUAACAGCAAUUUUUUCUCUAGCGAUUGCACUUAUCACAUCAGCACUUCUACCAGUGGAUAUAUUUUUGGUUUCUUACAUGAAGAAUCAAAAUGGUACAUUUAAGGACUGGGCUAAUGCCAAUGUCAGCAAACAGAUUGAGGACACUGUAUUAUAUGGUUACUAUACUUUAUAUUCUGUCAUACUGUUCUGUGUAUUCUUCUGGAUCCCUUUUGUCUACUUCUACUAUGAGGAAAAGGAUGAUGAUGAUACUAAUAAAUGCACUCAAAUAAAAACGGCCCUCAAGUACACUUUGGGAUUUGCUGUGAUUUGUGCACUUCUUCUUUUAGUUGGUGCUUUUGUUCCAUUGAAUGUUCCCAAUAACAAAAAUUCUACAGAGUGGGAAAAGGUGAAAUUCCUGUUUGAAGAACUUGGAAGUAGUCAUGGUUUAGCUGCAUUGUCAUUUUCCAUUAGUUCUCUGACCUUGAUAGGAAUGUUGGCAGCUAUAACUUACACA